AUGCAUUGGAAGAUCAUUAUUACCGCCGCGGCAGCCACACACGGUGUCCACGCUGCCGCGACGCUACGAUUUUCUUGUUCUCAACUAGUUGUUGAACGGCUAGACCCCCUCGUCAAUCCCGGGUUGAAUCCGUCUCCUCACUUACAUCAGGUCGUCGGUGGAAAUGCCUUCAACGUCUCCAUGGACCCUAGCGUGCAUGACUUGCCUACGACAGCGACUUGUACUUCGUGUACGCCAACGGAAGAUUUUUCCAACUACUGGACAGCCGUGCUGUUUUUCCGUGCCAAAAACGGUACAUUCCAUCGUGUCAACACUUUCGGCAAUGAGCUCGGGUUCACCCAAGCUACUGGAGGGCAAACGGUUUACUACCUCACCACGGGGAACGCAAAGGUCACAGCCUUUAAGCCUGGGUUCCGGAUGACGGUCGGAGACCCAUCAUUCCGCACAGCGGCGGAGCUGAAUGCCAAGUACAAAUACAUGGAUUACACUUGCUUACAAUCGUCCAUGACGCGCGGCGGCGCGACGACCAACUUUCCCAAUAAGCCUUGCCCAGCAGGUAUCAUGGUGUCGAUCCGGUUCCCGACAUGCUGGGACGGCAAGAACCUCGACUCACCGGAUCACCAGUCGCAUGUGGCAUACCCCCAAGGCAACAGCUGUCCGUCGACUCACCCUGUCACAGUGCCCCAGCUCUUCUACGAGACGUACUGGGACACGAGGCCGUUCAACGACAAGUCCCAGUGGCCCACAGACGGGUCCCAACCUUUCGUCUGGAGCUUUGGUGACAAGACGGGCUACGGCAUCCACGGCGACUAUGUUUUCGGGUGGAAGGGCGACGCGCUGCAAAAAGCCAUGGACACUAACUGCAACAGUGACUUAUUCGCUAACAAGAUCAACUGCAAUGUACUCAAGACACAGAGUCUGGCCGAUGCGAAUAAGUGUACCAAGACAACACAGGUGGCUGAGAACCUGGAUGGGUGGAUGAAAGAGCUCCCAGGAGGUAUGGCAGUGAUGUAG